AUGUACUGCUGUGCACCCAUUCUUGCUUGCUUCACUCUCGUGAAGAGGAAGAGGGCGUUUCUCGAGACUCGGGACGAACAAGAUCUAUACCUCGGGCUCCCCAUCACCGGCGACGUCAUCAUCAACCCGCUGCGCGAUACCCGCUUCGAGAACGUGGAAAUCACCUUUAUCGGUCUCUCGCGCACCAAGGUCAUGGCCACCCAGGUCGCCCAGCGUUCCUCUCACGUCUUCCUCAAACUCACCAUGCCCGUGUCCGACUCCAAGUAUCCCGUGCCCCGCAUCUUUGAGCAAGGCCGAUGCUACACCAUCCCCUUCAACUUCGUGGAGCACCACAUGCGCCUGCUUCCCAGCAUGGGCGGCUGGUCCCGGGACGACUUCGCUCCCGAGACCGCCGAGAUCGAGUACUAUGUCCGUGCCCGCGUCCUCGGCGAGGCCGACGCCGGUCACCGCCCCGACAAGAUCUUCGAGGCGCAAAAGUCACUCCUCGUGCUUCCCGCCUCGCCCGAGGAUGCACCCUACGACAUCACCUCCAAGGACGUGCACUACACCAUGACCAAGACCAAGAGCAUCCGCAAAGGCAUGUUCUCCCACAAGCUCGGCCGCUUCACCGCGUCCGCCUCCCAGCCUCCCGCUAUUCACCUCAGCGCCGACACCCGCUCCGCUUCCGACACGGCGGUGACGCUGCAGCUUGCCUUCGAGCCGUCCGCCUCCGACAUUGCGCCCCCACCAUCAACCGACCCGACUUCGCUAUUGAGCCCCCGAAUCGCCUACAAAACUUCUCUGGCCCUCUUCAACACCAACGUUGACCGCGUCACCUGGAGGCUGCGCGGCGCCGCUGUGAGGCGAGACUCGGGGUACUCGAGCGACCCUGCCGACAGCGAUGGCAACAGCUCCAAGAAGCAGGCGGCCCAGGACAAGACGGCGCACCUGGCCACUCUCUACAUCCCCUUUGACGUCCCCGCCAAGCAAAGGGUGCUGCUUCCUACCUUUCACUCGUGCCUCGUCUCUAGGACGUACGCGCUCCACCUGACCCUCACCGUGGGACCUACCAAUACGACCGUCUCACUGGUGAUUCCCGUGCAGAUUGCCGUCGAGCCUUCCGAUGAGUCCAUCGUGCUUGAUGACGAGGCCAUCGCCGAGGACGUAGACGAGUAUCUCACUCCGCGCGUCAUCAGGGUACCUGAUCAGGAGCCCGUUCAGCAUAUCCUGCCUGGUUACGCUUAG